AUUUUAAAAUCCAGACGAGAAAAAAAAGCAAUCAGAUAGAUACCUGGCCUUCCUCCUCCUCCCGGCGAAACCCUAGCACCCGCAACCUCUCGCCGGAGGAACCCGCGCCGGCGGCGAAGAUGAGUUCCAAGAAGCGCCCGGCGAGGAUCGAGCCGUUCAGGCACCGGGUGGAGACCGACCCCAAGUUCUUCGACAAGUCGUGGAAGAAGCUCCACGACGCCAUCCGCGAGAUCUAUAACCACAACGCCAGCGGCCUCUCCUUCGAGGAGCUUUACAGGACUGCAUAUAACAUGGUACUGUACAAGCAUGGCCCAAAGCUCUACGAAAAUCUCAUAGAAACCAUGACAGGACAUCUGCAAGAAAUGCGCAGAUCAAUAGAGGCUGCUCAAGGUGGUUUAUUCUUGGAAGAGCUGCAGAGAAAAUGGGAUGAUCAUAACAAGGCAUUACAAAUGAUCAGAGACGUCCUGAUGUACAUGGACAGGACAUAUAUUCCCACCCAUAAAAAGACAGCUGUCUUUGAUCUUGGUUUGGAACUGUGGAGAGAUAAUAUCGUUCGGUCUAGCAACAUCCGGGUGAGGUUGCUUAACACUCUUCUUGAUCUCAUUCACAGUGAAAGGAUGGGCGAGGUGAUAAAUAGAUCCUUGAUGAGGAGUACAACUAAAAUGUUGAUGGAUCUAGGAUCUUCUGUUUAUCAAGAUGAUUUUGAAAGGCCAUUCCUUAAAGUGUCUGCUAGCUUCUACAGCGGUGAGUCACAACAAUUCAUCGAGUCCUGUGCUUGUGGCGAGUAUCUCAAGAAGGCUCAGAAGCGGCUGGAUGAAGAAGCAGAGCGUGUUGCACAGUACCUGGAUGCCAAGACAGAUGAGAAAAUAACUGCGGUUGUGGUAAAAGAGGCUCUUACAAAUCACAUGCAGAGGUUGUUUCUUAUGGAGGACUCAGGUCUUGUGAAUAUGCUUGUAGAAGACAAGUAUGAAGACCUUACCAUGAUGUACAAUUUGUUUCAACGGGUUCCGGAUGGGCACUCAACAAUCAAAUCUGUUAUGACUUCUCAUGUUAAGGAGAGUGGAAGGAGUUUGGUAACAGAUCCAGAGAGAUUGAAGGACCCUGUUGAUUUUGUCCAGCGGCUUCUAAAUGAGAAGGAUAAGUAUGACAAUAUCAUUAGCAUUUCAUUUGGCAAUGACAAGAGUUUCCAGAACGCUCUGACUUCGUCCUUUGAGUACUUCAUUAACUUAAACAACAGAUCUCCUGAGUUCAUAUCAUUGUAUGUUGAUGACAAACUGCGGAAAGGGAUGAAAGAUGCGAAUGAGGAGGAUGUGGAGACUGUCUUGGACAAAGUGAUGAUGCUGUUUAGGUACUUGCAAGAAAAAGAUCUGUUUGAAAAAUAUUACAAGCAACACUUGGCCAAGCGUCUUCUUUCUGGGAGAGCUGCUUCUGAUGAUUCUGAGAGGAGUAUGCUCGUGAAGCUCAAGACAGAAUGUGGGUAUCAGUUCACUUCCAAAUUGGAAGGCAUGUUCACUGAUUUGAAGACUUCUCAGGAUACCACGCAAGGGUUUUAUGGCGCUAGUUCUUCAGAUGCAGGAGAUGCCCCCUUGAUAUCUGUCCAGAUACUCACCACUGGCUCUUGGCCAACACAGCCAUGCAGUACUUGCAAUCUGCCCCCUGAGAUACUCAGCGUGUCUGAGAAGUUCCGGGCUUACUACCUUGGCACGCACAAUGGCAGGAGGCUGACAUGGCAGACAAAUAUGGGGACAGCUGACAUCAAAGUAACAUUUGGAAAUGGCAGCAAGCACGAGCUUAACGUCUCCACCUACCAGAUGUGUGUUCUGAUGCUGUUCAACUCGGCGGACUGUUUGACCUACAAUGAAAUUGAGCAGGCCACAGCGAUACCACCGGUAGACCUCAAGCGCUGCCUCCAGUCUCUUGCCCUCGUGAAAGGCAAAAACGUCCUGCGGAAGGAGCCCAUGAGCAGGGACAUCUCCCCCAACGACAACUUCUACGUCAAUGACAAGUUCACGAGCAAGCUCUUCAAGGUGAAAAUUGGCACGGUGGCAGUGCAGAAGGAGUCGGAGCCGGAGAAGAUGGAGACCCGGCACAGGGUGGAGGAGGACAGGAAGCCCCAGAUCGAGGCGGCCAUCGUGCGUAUCAUGAAGGCGAGGCGGGUGCUGGACCACAACAGCAUCGUGACGGAGGUGACGAAGCAGCUCCAGCCCCGGUUCCUGCCCAACCCCGUGGUGAUCAAGAAGAGGAUCGAGUCGCUCAUCGAGCGCGAGUUCCUGGAGAGGGACAAGACGGACCGGAAGAUGUACCGGUAUCUCGCGUAGUAGUGGGAUUAUCUUUUAUUUUUUGCUUUUCGGACGCUUUCUCCACCUUGUCCAUAACCGGACCAAUGAUCCCCAUCCAUGUACUUAUGCAUGCCCCGAAGUGUUUGCUGCCCUCGUACCUACGCUUUGAAUUAAGUUAUUACGGCAGUAAUCCAGUUACCCUACUGACUUGCUUAUCA